GUUGGGUCACUUUCACAGUUGUUCCAGCCAAGCUCACAUUCCUCAAAGACUUUUCCUCAUGGCAUCUGAUAUUAACAAUACCACCUCCGUCCAGGAGCCCUCUUCUAACUCCUUCACUGCGCCCAUCAGCGUGUCAGCCAGGGUUGGUAUCGCCAUCCUGAUCCCGGCGUUUUUGCUGGGCUUCCCUGGAAACUUGUUUGUGGUUUGGUCGGUGCUCUGCCGAGUGAAGAAGCGUUCAGUGACAUGUUUGCUGGUGCUGAAUCUGGCGGUGGCUGACGCCUUUGUGCUGCUCAGUGCCCCUAUUUUCCUUCGGUUCCUGGCUGGAGGACGGGGCUGGGAGUUUGGCUCAGCAGCAUGCAAGCUGGUGCAUUACUUGUCAAGCGUGAACAUGUAUGUGUCCAUCUACCUUAUCUGUCUGAUGAGCAUGGACCGCUGGCUGGCUGUCACAAGACCUUUUGUGUCUCAGAGAAUGAGGACAAAACGAUCCCUGCUACUUCUCCUGCUGGGGGUCUGGGUGUUGGCCUUCAUCCUGUCCCUGCCGAUGCCGUUCUACCGCAGUAAUCUGAAGAUUCAGAAAAACAACAUCACUUUGCGCCUUUGUAUCCCCUAUCACUUGGAAAGUGUGGGCCACCGGGUUUUCCAGUACCUGUUUGAGACCAUCAUGGGCUGCCUGGUCCCCUUCUCACUCGUCAGCACCUGUUACUCCUCCGUCAUAUGCCGGCUGCAGAGUGCCAAGUUCCAGCGCAGAGGAAAAGGCAGUCGCCUGAUCCUGCUGAUCAUCUGUGCUUUUGCAAUAUUCUGGCUCCCAUAUCACAUUGUCAACCUCAUUGAGGUUUGUGGUUUAUUGCAAGACAGCAAGUCCGUGAUCAAGGCUGCUCUUACAGCCCGACCCAACGUCACAGCCUUUGCCUACUUCAGCAGUGCAGUUAACCCCAUCCUCUACGUAUUUGCUGGCAGCUCCCACAUUCGACAGGCUGGUUUCAGCUUCAUGGGCAAGCUGUUUGAAGCCACCUACUCAGAGAGCAGAAGUACAUCCACAUUCACCCGGAGCAGCCGCAGCGGCUCUUCACCGGAUGAAAACUCCGUCCUGCAUUCGCUGUCGACUAAACUCAAGAAUCCUUUCAAAGGAAACAGCAAGGAGAGGAGCAGCAGUGUGGCGGGCAAAGAGGUUACUGAGCCUGAGCUAAAGACUCUGGCCACUGUUGAACAGUUAGAAUAGGACUUGAGCUGAUUUCUAAAAGCUAUACAAAGACAUUUUAAAUUUUGAGCCUUUACUUUCAUUGAUGUUUAUUGUACGGACUGCUACCUUAACUUCUGUAGUGGGUAAACAAAUCGACUAAAAACAGAUUUAGUUUAAACACAGCAUGACUUAAUCAUAUUUAGGAAGCUUUUUAAAUGUGUAAUUAAAGGGAAAUUACAUUUAUCAAAAAAGAAUUGAGACCAGCAAUAAUGUGAAAUUUUCAUCUCAAAACUUUUUAUUUAUUUUUUACCUAUUUCAAUUUAAAUACAGUGUUUAUUUUCUUAUUAAGUUGUACU